GGUUAAAUUGUCAUAUUAAAUUUGUACACAUUUUUUACGUUUAAUUAUAUCAAGAUGGACAAUCAGACGGAAACACAGAUCAAUGACCAGGAGAUUAUGAAGAAGAAAGAAGAUGAGCAUUUAAUGUUACAAAGACAGUUCCGGAUAAUACAACGAGACCGGGCCCACAGAACAGUAGGGGUGCACCCGAUGUUCCGAAGACAGGAUAUCCUGCUGCGCCAGCUGCGUAAGGACUACCGCAGUAUGAAGGAAGAUUUGAAGAUCGCGACAACUGGUGUGCACAAGAAGAACGAAAAGCGAAUGAAGGCGGAGCUGCAGCGAUCCUUGUUGCUAAGAGAGAAAACAGAACACCAGUGUGAGAGUCGAAUAAUCCUUAUGGAGCAACUGGAAGGACUGCUGCAGCGCGAUCACAAAAACUUGCUGGAAUUGAAAAGGCGCGUCAACGCUUCUAUGGGCAAGUUGAAAGAGAGAGCUCAACAAGGAGAGACUCGUCUAGUGGCCACAGAGAAUAAGCUGGAGACAGCCAACCGCCGUUUCAACGCUGUGCAGCAUGAGAACAAGCAGAUACGCGAGCAGAUCGAGCAUAUGCUUAAGGACAGGGCCAUCUUCAACCAGAACUGGUCUAAGAUGUUAUCAGCUCUCUGCAAAGGAAAGAAGUUCCUUACAGACCUGUUCGAGUCAUCGUCAGUGGCAUACGACCAGCGGGAUGAGUGGUGCACCAAACUGCGGUCUUUGACGGAGAAAGGGCGUGUGGAUCAGACGAUACAAGUGCAGGAAAUGCGAGACCUCCAAAAAGCGUAUGACCAUGAGAUGAAAACGUACAAGUUCUUGGCUGCGAAGGGGGUGAAGAGAGUUAAUGAGAGUGUGGAAAUAGAGCAAGAAGAGAUGCAGAGAAAGAAAGAAGAGCAGUGGCAGGAGGAGUUGGACUACCACACCAAUCUGCUUAAAGAUAUAGAGAACUACGCCCAGGAGACUAACGCACAGAAAAUAAUAGAAGCGUUCGAGAAGACCGAGCAAGAAAACUUCUCCGUAUACCGGCUGCUAACUGAUUUCUGCGCGGAGAAUAUCGUUCUGAGCAAGGAACUUGGAAAAAUCCGACGGGAAAUCGCUGAUCGUAAAGAUUUCAACGAGUUAGUGGAAGUGCGACAGAGAGAGAACCUAGAGCAACUGAGACAGAAGCUGGAAGAGAUGAAGAGCAGGACGGAAAUACUGCGGAUGAAGGAUAGAGAGAAAACCAAGCUGUUGGAGACUAAUAUGGAUAAGAUCAGCGACAUUUUUAGAAUCUUAGACCUGUCCCUGGAGCCGUUCCAGAAUCUUCUAGGAGACAAGCAGCCAUCUUUGCACCAGCUGGGUCUGACGCUGUGUCUCAUUAAUGAGAAGACCAAGGAGCUCAUUGAGACUGCCUAUUAUUUGGAGCGCAAGGCCCAAAAGAGGAGCCUAAGCACAUCGCGUAAGAAAUACACAGUGCAACAGCCACAUAUAAAGGAGCUCUCUCCUCUACCGAUGAACAUGUUGGUUCCAGCUGAUCCUUGCCCAGCGUGCACCGAAGCCCGCUGGUUCUCCCGCAUAUCUGAGACCCUGGAGGCGCCUCUUUCCCGAGACGGUGCGAUUCUUGCCCUGCGUGCUCUCGCUGCGGAGCCGGCCUAUGAGCGAAGCGACCGCGUUCACCAGCUGCAAGACUGCCGCUUGCCAGCUAGCCGUAUUGUGCUGGCUAAACGUUACUUAUAAAAGUUAUACACA